AAACAGUUAAACGACAUAUAUUAUUAUUAAAAAUAAAGUUAUUUGUUUAUAACAUAAGGAAUUUUAUGAAAUCGGCAUUAAGGACAACCAUUAGGUUUGCUUUGCAAGUGUCCAUUCUAAAUACUGCGGAUCGAUGGCAGAAUCUUUUAGUGAUUUCGGUAUUUUUUUGUUUUUAUGUGAAGUGAAUAUGUCAAAGAUUGUAGCGAUGUAUAGUUAGCAUUAAGAUUAAGUUGAAACUAAUUAUAAUUACAUAUUAUAAGUGCGAACAUCGAUGAAGCGUUAUGAAUUAUUAAUUACCAGCUGGUCAUAGUUGGAAUCACGACAUGGCAUCUCGCAGAUGGUUUCAUCCGAACAUAUCGGGUUUAGAAGCAGAACGUUUAUUAAUGGAACGGGGUUAUGAUAGUUCAUUUUUGGCACGUCCAAGUUCAUCUAAUCCUGGUGACUUUACAUUAUCUGUUAGACGGAAUGGUGAAGUGACUCAUAUUAAAAUACAAAAUACAGGAGACUUUUACGAUCUUUACGGUGGGGAAAAGUUUGCAACAUUAUCAGAACUUGUACAAUUUUAUAUGGAAAAUGGAGGACAACUGCGUGAAAAGAAUGGAGAAAUUAUUGAAUUGAAGUAUCCUUUGAAUUGUGCAGAUCCAACAACUGAAAGGUGGUUCCAUGGCCAUUUAUCAGCUAAAGAAGCAGAACGUUUAAUGCUGGAGCGAGGUAAAAAUGGAUCUUUUCUGGUUCGUGAAUCCCAAAGUAAACCUGGUGACUUUGUAUUAUCUGUUCGUACAGAUGAUCGUGUUACACACGUUAUAAUACGAUCUCAGGAUAAUAAAUAUGAUGUUGGAGGAGGUGAUAAGUUUGAUAGCUUAAGUGAUCUGAUAGAACAUUAUAAACGCAAUCCAAUGGUUGAAACAAGUGGAAGUGUUGUCCAUUUACGACAACCUUUCAAUGCUACUCGUAUAAAUGCCAGUGGUAUUGAAAGUAGAGUAAGACAGUUACAUAAAGAAAAUGGUUGUUCAAAUGGAUGGUUGUGGAAUGGUGCCACAGGUAGCAAUGAAGGCGGAGCAGGGCGUGGUAAAGGAAAAGCCGGGUUCUGGGAAGAAUUUGAGUCGUUGCAACAGUUAGAAUGUCGUCAUUUAUUUUCCAGGAAAGAAGGAUUACGUUCUGAAAAUCGAGCGAAGAAUCGAUAUAAAAACAUCUUACCAUUUGAUCAUACAAGAGUACGUUUGAAGGAUGUUGAUCCAAAUAUUCCUGGAUCUGACUAUAUUAAUGCUAACUAUAUUAGGAAUGAAGAAGGAGAUGGACAAGCUAGUGGAAUUAAUACGUGUGGUGAUGGUGGUUCAUUUAAUAAAUGUUAUAUUGCAACACAAGGUUGCCUUCUAAAUACAAUUCAAGAUUUCUGGCAUAUGGUAUAUCAAGAAAAUACACGAGUGAUAGUUAUGACGACUAAAGAAAUGGAAAGAGGAAAGAAUAAAUGUGCUCGAUAUUGGCCAGAGGAAGGUGAAGUUACCGAAUAUGGAGGUGAAUGGAAAGUGCGUGCUUUAUCUCGUACUUCAACAGCAGAUUAUACAUUACGAGAAUUCUUAUUACAUGGAAAUAGACCCGGUUUGACAGAAUCCAGACGGAUUUACCAUUAUCAUUUUCAAGCAUGGCCUGAUCAUGGUGUUCCGUCAGAUCCCGGAUGCGUGUUAAACUUUCUUCACGAUGUUAAUGCGAGACAAGAAUCAAUUGCUGCUUCUCUUGCUUCAAGCGGUCAAACUGCAUCAUGUAUAGGGCCAAUUCUUGUACAUUGUAGCGCUGGAAUUGGUAGAACCGGGACAUUUAUUGUUAUCGACAUGAUUCUUGAUCAAAUCAAGCGGCAUGGAUUGGAUUGUGAAAUUGAUAUUCAAAGAACAAUUCAAAGAGUACGUUCACAAAGGUCAGGAAUGGUUCAAACAGAAGCGCAAUAUAAGUUUGUUUAUCUGGCUGUAUUACAUUAUAUUGAAACUGUAUCUCAACGGAUGCAAGCAGAGCAAAAAUCUCUUCAUUUAGGUCGAGAAUAUACUAAUAUCCGAUAUAAAAGCGAAACAAAUACUACAACUAUAGGCGAUAUACCGGUCCCCACAUGUACUACAACAACUCUUUCAACGUCAACACAUUUUACAUUACCCACUCCUAUUAAUAGUUUGAGGCCAAAGUAAUUAACAUUAAUGUCAUCAAAUAACGAGAUUUUUAAAAAGCAAAGAAGAGGCUUUGUUACUCUUACCAUAUGUGGUUUUGAGCUUUCGAUAUUAUCGUAACGUACUCUAUAAAAGUUUAAUUUUCAAAUUAAUUGAUUAUUCCAAAUAUUUUUCAAAAUAUGUGUCAUCAUAAUGAAUUUACGUACAAUACAUGUAUUUAAUUAGUGCGUAUGCACAUGAACGUAAAUGAUAUGUAGAAAUUAUAAUAUCACCACUUUGCACUUGAAUUGUUGAUUACUUAAAAGUAAUCGGCAGCAUAUUAGAACAUUACAUUAGAGAAAAAUAAUAUUUUUUGCAACUUAAUCGCAGUACUGAAUUAUAAAAAAACUUAGAAUACAAAGUCUCAAUAGUAAUUAUGUUAAGUGUAAUCAAAGUAUAUAAUUGCUUUUCAUAUUAUUUCGCUAUCUAUAUUUCAUCAACUAUUAAUUAGAUAACAGAUUUAUCUAGUUAUAGUUAUCAUUUUUCAUGCUACUUAUCUUCUAUAAAAUAUAUUAUCAAAUCCUUUCUUAAAAUUUCAAUAUUUCUUCGAAUAUACAACGAAAAUUUGAACAUUUUUCUAAGUUUCAGGUGUAGUAUUAUAUAUUGUGCCUCAAAACAUAUUAAUAAUUGUUUUUAUUGUGAUUAUAUAACUGUACAAAUUAUCUAGUAAUAUUUAGGACUGACUUUUUUAUAUAGAAUUUUCUUUUUAAUAUUUUUUCAAAGAUCAUAAAUGAGAAACCUUUAUUCUUUAUAAAUUUUAUCAUAUUACAAGGCAGAACGCGCAUAGAUGUGAUACAUUCAGUUUCAUGUACAAUAAAUAAUAUGGCGAUUCUUUUUUUCAUACAAUUCACAUUUGUUACUUUUAAUAUUUCGAUUGUACUUAAUUAUAUCAUAAAUAUUAGUAUUGAACUUUAUUCAUCAAAUUGUAAAAAAG